CUGGUGUUAAGGGCAGAGUUAGGCGUGUGCCAGGUCGCUAAUGGGAAUAGAAAGGGUUCAGGACUAAUCAACCUCUGGUUAAACAUCGCUCCGCUCGCAGGGCUAGUGCUACUGAGAAACCACUGAGGAACCUGUUCUCAGAGUGGAUAGUAGAGGACACAGACACAGGAUAUACACCCUGACAAAGGCCCUCGGAGGCAGAUGUUCAGCAGCGGCCCCAGCAGCCAGGAGUUGGACCCUCUGUUCGGCUUAGCAAGAGUCGCACCGUAGAUGCGUUUGGAGAGGGCCCCACUGGCAGGCCGGCCCCUGGCCGCAGUCCCUCGUCCCUCAGCCUCUUAGAGUCCCGAUUCAGGCAGGAGCCUAAGGACCCAGAGAAGAAAACAGGCAUGUUUGGCUCCAGCUUCCUGAGUGGGGCCAACCCACUUAACGCUGUCUCGUCCAUGACCUCCCAGGUGUCCUCUGGAAUGUCCUCAAUGUCCUCCGAGGUCACCUCCAUGGGCUCCGGGGUCAACAUGCCCUCAUUUGGCCUGUUUGACAAGGAAGAAAAGCCUGGAGAGAAGCCCCAAGGUGGGCCCCCAGGGCCAGGCAGCAAGGGCCCCCAGCAGGGUGGGCCAAGACCCCCUGGCCCCGGACAAGGGCCCAGACCCCCUGGGCAGCAAGGGCCCAGACCCACUGGUCAAGGACCCCUUGGGCAGCAAGGGCCCAGAACCCCUGGCCCCGGACAAGGGCCCAGACCCCCUGGGCAGCAAGGGCCCAGACCCGCUGGUCAAGGACCCCCUGGGCAGCAAGGGCCCAGAACCCCUGGCCCCGGACAAGGACCCAGACCCCCCGGGCAGCAAGGGCCCAGACCACCUGGUCAAGGACCCCCUGGCCAGCAAGGACCCAGACCCCCUGUCUCCGGACAAGGGCCCCCUGGGCAGCAAGGGCCCAGACCACCUGGUCAAGUCCCCCUGGGCACAAGGACCCCUGGCCCCGGUGCACAGUCAGGCGGGCCAGCUAAAGCUGGGGGUCCCCCUGGUCCACAAGGCCCUGGUAAACCACCUGGAGGUGGGUUGUGUCCGCUGUGCAAGAGUACCCAGCUCAACGUGGGCUCCAAGGAGCCGCCCAACUUCAGCAACUGUACCAUGUGUAAGAACCAGGUGUGCAGCCUAUGUGGAUUCAGCCCCCCAGACUCGGAGGGUAAAGAGUGGCUGUGUCUCAACUGCCAGAUGCAGAGGGCUAUGGGGGGUAUGGAUGACCCUCCUAUGAUGGGCAAGGGCUCUGCCCCUCCUUCACCCUCAAGGAAAGACCCUGGAAAAGAUGGCAAGAAGCCCAAUCUACUGAUUAAGCAGCAGAGCAUCUCCGACAGAGGCUUAACCCCUCCAACCACGCCCAAACAGAAAUCCCCCGGCUCAUCUUCCCCGAAAGGCAGCCCCCAGCCCUCACCGGCCAAAGGUAAACAGGAGUCCAGCUUCUUCGGGGGCCUGGGGGGCAUCAGCCUAGGGGGGCUCACCGAUGUGGCCAAGCCUCCAGCCGCUGCCUCCCAGGCGGCCGAGUCCAUCACGGGAACAAUGUUCAGUGGCUUUGGUGGGUUCACUGGAUCAGCCAAACCUGAUCGGGCCAAAGCCGCUGCUGCUACCCAAAAACAGCAGAACUCCCCCUUCUCUGCCCCCGGUUCUCCCCUCGGUUCUCCCCGGACUCUCCCUUCUCCGCUCCCGGGUCCCCCCGACUCAGACAGCCCUGACACCCCACCUGCCUCCAAGAAGGCCCCCAAACGUGCCGUCUCCCUGCUGAAGGACCAAAAGUCCAUAGAAGCAGAUCCCUCCGUGGAGCCUCUGAAAGCAGGGGAGCCGCUUACUACGGCCACAGGCUCGGGGCCCAGGAAAACUGUCCUCUGUAAAGAAUGGUUAUGUCUCAACUGCCAGACCCAAAGAGCUCUCUCUGGCCAGCUGGGCGAUAUGCCCCCUCCACCAUCUCCUGUGAAGAAGCAACUACCCACACCUACCCCUACCCCUCCUGCCUCCCCUGCCAAAGUCCCUGACUCCCCAGCUGCUGCUGCCUCUCCAUUAACGGGAAGCCCCUCAGUCACUCAGACACCACACCCAUCCCACCUGAGCAUGCCACCCCCUUCUGAUAAUGUCCCAGAGGAGAAAGAACCAGAGCAGGCUGACACGAUGGAAGCUAUAUCUGAGACUAUACUGGAUGAGCCUGUGACAGAGAGUGUAGUGGAGAAGAGUGUAGUGGAGAGUGCUGUCGAAGCCUCAGCGGUGGAGAAAGACCCAGAGCAGGCUGAAGCAAUAGAAGCUAUAUCUGAGACUAUACUAGAUGAGCCUGUGCCAGAGAGUGUAGUGGAGAGUACUGUUGAGGCUCCAGCAGUGGAGAAAGACCCAGAGCAGGCUGAAGCAAUAGAAGCUAUAUCUGAGACUAUGUUGGAUGAGCCUGUGCCAGAGAGUGUAGCGGAGAGUGCUGUUGAGGCCCCGGCAGUGGAUCAUCCAGAGAGUAUGCCAGAGAAAGUUACAGAAGAACAGUCACCACCCGACACUACUCAGGCAGAAUCAGAUUUCCAGCCUGCAGUUGUAGAGGAGCCUGUCAUUGCUCCCCCUGUAGAGAAUGAGUCAGAAAAGCCUGUUGAGGCAGCACCCGAGCCAACUCCAAGCCCAGAUAAAGUGCAGAGUGAAUCUAUACCAGAGGAGAUCUCACCGGCUCCCUCUGCAGAGCCUGAAUCGCCAGCUCCUGUAGUCACUGAGGAAGAAAGGAAAGCAGUGGUGAUUGAGGAAAAACCUAGCCAACCACCUAAAGCUGAGGAUACAGCUCCUACACCUCCUGCAGUCACCGAGCAGGAGGAGAAACCUAAAGAGCCAGAGCCUCAAGCAACUACUGUUGAACAGCCUCCAACUGAGGUGUCUUCAGUACAUACAGGUCCAAUAGCAGAGAGUUCAGAUGUGGAGACUAAGAUGCCAGAGGUGGCUCCGGCUCCACCAGUUAAGGUUGUAGAGAAUUCGGCCUCAGCUCCCGAAGCCCCUAAUGAGCUGGUAGAGGAUUGUGCAUCUCCCAAACCAGCAGAGCUAGAGGCUGUGCCUUCACAAAAAGAGGAGGUACCCCCUGCAGUAGAAGAAACUCCCCCUGUAGUUGCUGAGAAUGAACAGCCUAAAGAGGUAGAGACCGUUCCACAAACUGAGGCAGUUGAGUCUGUAGCCCCAUCUCCUCCUCUAGUUACUGCUAAAGUUGAGAAGAAGCCUGUAGAGAAGGAGGAAGAGCCAAUACCGCCAGCCCACGUAGAGGAUAAACCUGUAGAGAAGGAGGAAGAGUCAAUUCAGCCAGCCCAAGUUGAGGAGAAGCCUGUAGAGAAGGAGGCAGAGCCAAUACCGCCAGCCCAAGUUGAGGAGAACCCUGUAGAGAAGGAGGCAGAGCCAAUUCAGCCAGCCCAAGUUGAGGAGAAGCCUGUAGAAGAGGCAGAGCCAAUUCCGCCAGCCCAAGUUGAGGAGAAGCCUGUAGAGGAGGAGGCAGAGCCAAUACCGCCAGCCCAAGUUGAGGAGAAGCCUGUAGAGAAGGAGGCAGAGCCAAUACCGCCAGCCCAAGUUGAGGAGAAGCCUGUAGAGAAGGAGGCAGAGCCAAUUCAGCCAGGCCAAGUUGAGAAGCCUGUAGAGGAGGCAGAGCCAAUUCCGCCAGCCCAAGUUGAGGAGAAGCCUGUAGAGGAGGCAGAGCCAAUUCAGCCAGCCCAAGUUGAGGAGAAGCUUGUAGAGAAGGAGGCAGAGCCAAUUCAGCCAGCCCAAGUUGUGGAGAAGCCUGUAGAGAAGGAGGCAGAGCCAAUUCAGCCAGCCCAAGUUGAGGAGAAGCCUGUAGAGAAGGAGGCAGAACCAAUUCAGCCAGCCCAAGUUGAGGAGAAGCAUGUAGAGAAUGAGGCAGAGCCAAUUCAGCCAACCCAAGUUGAGGAGAAGCCUGUAGAGAAGGAGGCAGAGCCAAUUCAGCCAGCCCAAGUUGAGGAGAAGCCUGUAGAGAAGGAGGCAGAGCCAAUUCAGCCAGCCCAAGUUGAGGAGAAGCCUGUAGAGAAGGAGGCAGAGCCAAUUCCGCCAGCCCAAGUUGAGGAGAAGCCUGUAGAGAAGGAGGCAGUAGUAAAGAAAGUACCAGAGGUUUCUCCUGCACCUCCUGCUGCUGAACCAGAAAACAUUAGCCCUGAGAGUGCUACCCUCUCACCUGAAUCUCCCAGCACAGAGGAUGACCCAGAACUCUCAGAGAAGAAGGACGCCUCAACAAAGAAAAAGCUGCUGGUGCCGACAGACAUCAGGGGUGACUCGUUGGAGGACAGCAGUGAGAGCUUAGGGAAAGAUAGUCCCGUGUCAGGGGAUGACGAAGACUUCAUUCGUAAACAGAUCAUGGAGAUGAGUGAGAACGAGGAUGCUUCGCCGUCAGACGAAGAAAACCUCAUCCGGCGAAAGAUCCGAGAUCAUGAGAGGAAACGAAUGGAGCAGGAGAAAGGGGAGGGGAAGGAGAGAAGCGCAAUGGCAAAAGGCAGGCGGCUCCUCAAGAAGAACACCAUCAGCCCUGAGGACGAAGAUGAGCGGCAAAUCUCACUGGAUAAACUUGACAAGGCAUGGAAAGAGGGAUCGGAACCCAAAGUCUCAGACUCUCAGGAAGGGGAACAGCCUUCGGCCGAUAGAGUUGUGACAGUACGCCAAUUCAGAACCAUCGAGCUCAACACAACUACCACCCCUGUGCGCAUACCGGGUACGUCAGAUGAUGGAGAGCUUGAGAUGGAAAGCCUCACAACUCCCUGAUGAUCGCUCCAGGGCGAUGGGUCCUCCAGCCUGCACGCAUCCAGCUUCACCCCUGGGACAUCGCCUACAUCCCUAUCCUCUUUGGAUGAGGACAGUGACAGCAGUAGUCCCAGCCGCAUGCACAGUGGCGAGGGGAAACAGCACAGGAAAGCGAAGCAUAGACAACAAGGCCAAGGUCUACCCACCAUCGAAGACUCUUCUGAGGAAGAGGAGUUACGAGAGGAGGAGGAGCUGUUAAGAGAACAGGAGAAGCAGAAAGGCUCUGGGAAGAAGUCGAAGAAGGACAAAGAGGAGAUCCGAGCUCAGAGGAGGCGGGAGCGUCCCAAAACGCCGCCCAGCAACCUCUCUCCCAUUGAAGAUGCCUCCCCAACAGAAGAGCUGAGGCAAGAGGCAGAGAUGGAGGAGUUCAGGCGAUCAUCCUUAUCUGAUUUCUCUCCCAGCAUCGAGUCAGAACCAGAGGGAGUUGAGAUCAAUGCUGCAAAGAUUGCAGCAGUACAGAAAGUAUAUCAACUUCCUACAUCUGUUUCUCUCUACUCUCCAACAGCUGAUCAAGGUGCUAAUAAAAGCCGAAAACGAGCCCUGAAAACUGCAGACGAAGCCUACGAAGAUAUCAUGCUGAAGGCUAAAACACCCACAAAGGAAAAGGUGGACAUCCUGGGGAAAGAGUCCCUCUAUGGUGGGAUGCUGAUAGAAGAUUAUGCCUAUGAGUCUCUUGUUGAUGGAAAUGGAAAGAAAGUCGAGCAGCAGGAGCCUGAGAAAAUCUCAGUGCCAGCUCAGCCCAAAAUACUGAGAUCUCCAGAUGAGGUUUACGAAGACAUGAUGGAGAAGAAGAAAGAAUUCAUGCAGCUGGAGCAGGAACUGAAAAAAGCACAGUCCGUGUCAGAUAGACCCACACCAGAGAUUGUAUUGCAACCCACUGAGCCAACCAGAUCCACGAGUGUUACAGUUACUAUAGGCAAGGAUGGGAAACCACUGCUCGAUGCUGAGGCUACGUAUGAGGAACUCAUGAAGAAAGUUCUGACUCCUGGGACUAGCCCGACACAGCAGGGUCCUGAUAUAUCUGGGGCGGCCCCUGGUGGUGAGUUCGAAGGUACUGAAUCCAGAAGGGCUCUGCGUCCCAUACCAGACCUGAGGGUUACACAGUGCUCCUCAGGGGAGGAGGACGCUGAUGAAGAGGCCACUGAGACCAAAAGUCAAGAUAAGCCAAAGACUUCAUCAGACAUUCCUAAAGCUGAUCAGGCACCCUUAACAGCUGCUGCAGAAACUGAGUCCAAAUCAGUUGCUUGCAAGGUCCUCCCAUCAACAACUUCAGACCAACCACAGACCCAAUUUGAAACUUCCCAGGCUGACCAGCCUCUGGACAUAACCCAACAGGAUGUCAUGGACUUGUCUAGUAUAAAGUCCUCAACACCUGCUGUUGCCAGUGUAUCGCCCUUACCCACCGUCCCUCAGUACACCCCCACUGUCCCCGGUGUAGUGUCGACCACCCCACCAGUGCCCCCAAACCAGCCAUCCUGCACAGGGCUCUGUCUCAGGAAAAAGCAGACAUUCCUGAACCCCCUCCACUGCCCCCUCCCACGAUGCCAAAGCCAUCGGUUUACCCCAGGAAACCCCCUGUUCCGCUUCCAUCUCAGGACCUGGCACAGGCUUAGGGUCAUUCCAGCCACCUGUCACUAUCGCCCUACCCCUGCCCCAGGGUGUGUGGCUAAUGGUCUGAGCAGCGGGAUGCCGACAGUAGCAGGUGCGGUGGACCUUAGCACAGCCAAACCCUUCAACACCGUGGUUUCGGUCGACGCUUCCUCGGCGGAAGUGGUCACGGCUGUGAUCACAGAGGAGGAUGGGAAACCCGUGGACCUGACGGCUGGGAGAAGAGCUGUCUGCUGUGAUGUUGUCUACAAGCUGCCAUUUACAGGUACCUGCACCACCCAGCAGCCCACUACUCCAUUGCCCGAAGACCGCUUCGGUUACCGAGACGACCACUACCAAUAUGACCGCUCACCGUACAACAUGAGGGGCUUCGGUGGCAUCAAACCCUCCAUGUCCGACACCAAUCUGGCUGAGGCCGGGCUUUUCCUCUAUAAGAGCAAGAACAGUUACAAUUUCCAUGGCACCACAGAGGGUGCAGUAGACCUGACAUCCUCCAAGACUUCUGAUGCAGGUGUAGCUUUGGACUUCUCCACCAAAGGCUCAGGGUUAUAUUCAGGAAUGAUAAUCCCCCCAUAUUCCCAAGCUAGAGUCAAAGGAGCUGUUGGGACACACUUUGGCACGAGCAGUGUUCUGAGAUCCUCCAAUGGGGUGGUGUACUCUUCAGUCUCAGUACCAAUCCCAUCCACCUACGCCAUCACCACACAACCUGGGUCCAUAUUCAGCACCACUUACAACUCCCUGUCGGCAGGCAUGCACACCAGCGACACCAUGCCAUCCCUGUCCACUCUCCAGAACCAGCCCAUGACUCGGUCCCACAGCUUCAUCUCCACCACCUCUGCAGACGAUCAAGGGGAUGUCCCGCUCAACCUGGAGCUUGCUAAAGAUGGCAUAUCCACCUCCGUGGCCCUCAGCACCAAAACAGUCACCCUGGCCCUGGAAAGGUUGGACUCGUACACGGACGCGUCCCUGGAGGCUAUUGCCGCCUCGCUGGAGGCUCUGUCCUCGCCCUGUGUGCCAGGGGAGGGCCAGUACCAGAUGCAGCGUGAGAUUCUGGAGAUGGAGAAGUUCAAACAGCAGCGGUUGGCUGAAGAACUGGAGUGGGAGCGUCAGGAGAUCCAGCGCUUCCGUGAGCAGGAACAGAUGCUGGUGCAGAAGGAGCUGGAGGAGCUGCAGUCCAUGAAGCAGGCCAUCCUGUGCCAGCAGGAGGAUGAGCGCCAGGCCCACCUCAUGAUGCAAAAGGAAACCUAUGCCCAGCAGCAGCAGCAGCUAGAGCAGAUCCAGAGGCUCCAGGAGCAGCUCCGAGCACAGCUGGAGGAGCAGAAGUUCCGGAAGAUGUACCCGGGGGAGGUGUUGCUGGGGCAUGGCCAGCAGGAGGCAGUCGUCCUGGGGCCGGACGGCACCGAGCUGGCCCGGAAAAUCAUGGAUAGUGGGUGUCAGACGGACGACGAGGACAGUGUUGUCGAUAAAGCCUACACGGCAGGGAGGAAGAAGAGAAGCACGGCCAAGAAGGGCGUAGACAGCUGCGUGCAGACAGACGAUGAGGACCAGGAGGAGUGGGAGCCUGCUCGGGCCAGACGUAGCAGGCCCCGCACGUCAAGGGGGGACAGAGGCGGACAGACUUCCGAUAUAUCCAUUCAGGCUCACUCUGAGAUCUCCAUACAGACGGACUCUGCAGGGAAUGUAAGAAUGGACACCAGGAUAGAGCUCUCCAACUCGGAAAGUCCACAUUGGGAAGACAAGAGACGGCCCACGCCCUUGGAGAUAGAACAGUCUGGCCACCUCAGAGCUGACCCCUCCUCACUUCAGGCCCUGCCCAAAUCCCCCAAUGUUCUCUACUCCCCCAUAUCCCCCUGCAUAUCCCCGAGCAAAUCCCUUGAGUUUGUGUCCUAUGAGAAAUCACUGGGUGAUACAAGCCCACAGAGAAUAAGAGGGAGUACUGAUCCGACCAAAGUCUCUCCAACCGGCAGCCCCAAGGGACCUAAGGCCAUGCAGAGAUCCAUGUCCGACCCCAAGCCCAUGAGUCCAACUGGAGAGGAGAGGGCAUCAUCCAGUUUCCAGUAUGGCGACGGUUCCUCCGGCAAAAGCUCAUCGGGCAGCACCCCAACUGGCACCGGCAAGAAGGUGAAGAGAACCCUGCCCAACCCGCCCUCGGAGGAGGAGGCAACAGCCGCCGGCCAGACGGCCUACAGCACUGGCUCGGCCCGCCGUCGCAUGUGCCGCAACACCAACAUGGCGAGGGCCAAGAUCCUGCAGGAUAUCGACCGAGAGCUGGACAUGGUGGAGCGUGAGUCGUCCAAGCUCCGCCACAAGCAGGCGGAGCUGGACGAAGAAGAGAAGGAGAUCGACGCCAAGCUACGCUACCUGGAGAUGGGCAUCAACCGCAGGAAAGACGCCCUCCUCAAGGAGAGGGAGAAGAGGGAGCGGGCCUACCUGCAGAGCGUGGCCGAGGAUCGUGACUACAUGUCAGACAGCGAGGUCAGCAACAUCCGGGAGACACGGAGCGGCCGUGGCAGUGGAGAAGAUGAUGAGAUGGGAAGUCACGGGCUGGAGCGCCCCAGGACGGCACCCCAGUCAGAGCUGGAUGAUUUUGUACCACCACAGACCACACACGAGGCCCAGUACGGCACGUACUCCCAGUACCAGUACCCACUGAGCCAGACGCUGUACCAGCAGCAGUCACUCUACCAGUCUCCCCAGUCCUACCAGACUCAGUCCAUCUAUUCCUCAGUCCCAUCCCUGUCUAGCUCCCAGCAGCAGAGCUACCACCAGAUGCUCCUUCUCCAGCAGAAGGCAGCCAGGCAGGCGGCCCUGAUCCAAGAGUUGGACGCGUCGUCAAAGUACGAAAUCAUCAGCCGACAGCCCGACCCCGUGUCCUCUGCCUACAUGGGAGGGGUCAGGUACGACAAGUACGGUAACCACUUGGACCUCCGGGCCCUGGGUGGGGGCAGUAUGGCUGGCAGCCCCAUGUCCAACGUGUCGGCCGACUCCUUCUAUGGAGACGUGGAGCACCACCACCACACUCCACGAAGCUACGUCCUCCUAGAAGAUGCGGCAGAGCUGGCCAAGAGCUCCACGAGUCUGGCUUCAUCCAGCUACGCCCAGGCCGAGAAGGAGCUGGCUAAGGCAGAAAGGCUGUUGCGAAGAAGUGCAGCCGACUUGACCUCCACAGACUACCUGGGCUCCAGCUCCAGGCUCCACUCCGGGUAUGGAAAGACCCCAGACGAUGAGGACUCCAUGGACGACCCCUACGAGCUGAAGCUCCUCAAGCAGCAGCUGAAGCAGGAGUUCCGGAGGAGCAGGGGAACAGAGAGCCUGGACCCGCUGACGGGUCUCUCCCACAACUACUACGGCACCCCCAGCUCGGGUGUCUCCUCCUCCCAGAGUUACUCCCAAAGACACUACCCCAAGACGGAGAAAUACAGCAUCAGCCGGCUGACCCUAGAGAAGCAGGCAGCCAAGCAGCUCCCGGCAUCCAUGCUGUACCAGAAGCACAAAGCCCCGCUGACCGACCCCAAAGUCUCCAAGUACUCCUCGAUGCAAGACGGCAGGAGUCUGGAGACAGACUAUACCAGCUAUUUAGGGUCCAGUAAUGUUAGCGCCUCUCCCAGAUCCAGCCGGCUCCUUCAGGACGAGAUCACCUUUGGACUACGCAAGAACAUUGCAGAGCAGCAGAAGUACCUGGGCUCCACGUUGGGUGCCAACCUGGCUGGCUCGCUCAACUUCGGCCAGAGCCUGGCCUUGGACUCGACAUCCUACCCCAGUGGCAGCCGGUCACGGCCCUCUUCUAGGCCCAACUCCGUCUAUGGCCUGGAUCUCUCACUCAAACGGGACCCAUCCAGUUCCUCUUUGAGGCUCAAGGGGGACGGCGAGGCGGCCUCAGACAGCUACCAGAUGCCAUCAGGGCGUGCCAAGCCCACCAGCCUGCCCAUCGUGCAGGGCGGCCGGGGGCGCAUCCCCAUCUUGGCGCAGAACUCUGAGGAGGAGAGCCCGUUGAGUCCUGUGGGCCAGCCUAUGGGCAUGGCGCGGGCGUCGGCGGGGCCCCUGCCACCCAUCUCGGCCGACUCACGGGACCAGUUUGGUUCGUGCCUCUCCCUGCAGGACUCCCAGCAGCAGCAGCACCUGAGGGAAGAGCCAACGAGGGGUCGGGGCUACGUCUUGAUGGACGACCUCCAAGGCACCAUGUCGGACGGUGAAGCCUACCACCUACGGCGAGAGGAAACGGACUGGUUUGACAAACCCCGCGAGGGACGACCAGAGAACGGACAAGGGCCGGACAGGAGACAGGGGAAGGGUGUUUACUACCCCUUUCCUCACACCAGAGUCAAACUGCAGAGGGAUCCCAAGGACCGCAGCGUGUCAGGGAAUGGAUUGGGUAUCAGAGUGGUGGGAGGUAAAGAGGUUCCAGGGACCAACGGACACAUCGGAGCCUACGUAGCUAAAGUCUUACCUGGAGGAGUUGCCCAACAGACUGGGAAGAUACUAGAGGGAAUGCAGGUGCUGGAGUGGAACGAGCUUCCUCUGACGGGGAAGACCUACGAGGAAGUGCAGGGGCUUGUGGUACAGCAGUGUGGCGAGGCAGAACUCUGCGUGAGACUAGAUCUGAACAUGCUGGCUGACUCAGAGGGCUCUCAGCACCUUGAUCUCCCAGACCAUAGCAAACCAGGUGACAGACCCCCCAGGUCUCCGGGGGUGGAUCCGAAACAACUGGCUGCAGAGCUACAGAAGGUGUCCCUGCAGCAGGCUCCUCCACCUACCACCGCCACGCUCCUCCUCCACGGUGGGGGAGAGAAAGGACCCCAUUCUGCCAUCUCAGGCGCCGCCUCGGCCACUUCUAGUGCCAUCCAGAGUCCGGGACAGCCGGCGCCCUCCGUCAGCAAGAAACGCCACAGCAGCAAGUCUGCGGAACCAGUGAAGACACAAUCCCACCCUGUUACUGGAGAGAUACAGCUUCAAAUCAACUAUGACAAGCAGCUGGGGAACCUGAUUGUUCACGUGCUCCAAGCCAGGAACCUGGCCCCCCGAGACAACAACGGCUACUCCGACCCCUUCGUCAAAGUCUACCUCCUCCCGGGGGGGGUGAGUCUGUUGGAUACGCUACCAGUAGGUCAGGUCAUGGUUGUCCAGAAUGCCAGUGCUGAGAAUAAGAGGAGAUCAAAACAAGCUGGCCAGAGUCUGAACCCAGAGUGGAACCAGACUGUUAUCUAUAAGAACAUCCACCUGGAACAGCUGAGGAAGAAGCUACUGGAGGUGAGCGUGUGGGACUACGACAAGUGCGCCUCCAACGACUUUCUGGGAGAGGUGUUGAUGGACCUGUCCAACACAGCUAACAUGGAUAACGUCCCACGCUGGCUCCCUCUGAAGGAACAGAGUGAGGGAGAGCACCACCGGCGCUCCCUUUCAGCACAGGGGCGCCAGCACUCCCCAAGACUCCCCCAAGCCCCCUCGCAGCACACCUCCCCCAAAACACCCGCCCACGGGAACCAGGACCCGCCCAAGUCGUCGGUCAUCAAGAGCCGGAGCCAUGGGAUCUUCCCUGAUCCAGCCAAGGACACGCAGGUGCCCACUAUUGAGAAAUCUCACAGUAGCCCCGGCACAUCGAAGCCUUCCCCGUCCGAGGGCCACAGCCAACAUACGCCACGCGCGGCUCCACGUGCCGCGCCUCGCAAAAGUGCAAGGCAACACCAGCAGGAUGGCGCUGGCGGUGUCGCUGUAGCAACGGGUGAAGCUCCGGCUCCGCAGCAACAGCACCGCCUCCAACCAACACGGCCCGGCAGGUCCGGCGACGCCCCGGUAACAGCCGCCUCAUUGGACAGCGGUCUGAGUGGCAGUGCUCACAGCCUAUUGGAGGAUGAGGGUGGGACUAAUGCCGUGGACAGUGCCAUCUUCCAGGUCCCUCGGUUUGGGAAGAUUCCAAAUGGCACUGACGUGAUGAUGUCACCAAUGGGCCAUAUGGACUCUGAGGGUAAGACCCAGGUAAUGGGAGAGAUCAAGAUAGCUCUGAGGAAGGAGCUGAAGACAGAGGGAGACCAGCUGGUGUUGGAGAUUCUCCAGUGCAGAAACAUAACCUACAAGUUCAAGUCUCCAGACCACCUGCCAGACCUCUAUGUGAAGCUGUAUGUGGUGAACAUUGCAACCCAGAAGAGGAUCAUCAAGAAGAAGACCCGGGUAUGUCGUCACGACCGCGAGCCCUCCUUCAACGAGACCUUCAGAUUCUGCAUGAACCCCACCGGCCACUCUCUGCAGCUCUUCCUGGUGUCCAAUGGGGGGAAGUUCAUUAAGAAGACCCUGAUCGGAGAGGCCUACAUCUGGCUGGAUAAGGUGGACGUGCGGAAGCGAGUGGUCAGCUGGCACAAACUGCUGGCUAGCUCUGCUCAGAUCCACUCCUAAAGAACCUACUGUUAACCUUGUCUAUUCUAUAGGCUCUUAACUCGCAGAGAGAAAGACGAGGAUGGCUAGGGCGCUCGAGUUUACUGUCUCCAUCACUGAUCCACUCUUUAUGGACCUACUGGACAUACUCACAGGUCCAGCAUUGGGGUCGGGCGAGGACCGUUAGGGUGCGGGAGUUAGACAUCUCUUACGUAUCCUGUGGAUCUUGAGUUUUGGUGUCAGGGGUCAGCGUUUGAAUUGCUUGAGCUGUGACUGGGGAUUGGCUAGUGGGGAGGAAGUAGGUAUGUGUUUACAGGAAAUUAACUUGUGUUUACAGGAAGUAGUGUAGCCAGGGCAGGGAGGAGGACAUUGAGGCAACAAAGCAAGAACAGAAUCAACCAGGUAUUACACACACACUCACGAACAGUCAACAACACAUUCAAACACACCACAAAGAAAGAUGAUCGUAAGAGACUGACACAUAAAUACAGGGGAUGGACAUGUUUAGAUUCUCUCAUUGCUUUAUUUGACUGGAGAUGUUUUUAUUUAUGAAUGAAAUUAUAACUACCUGUGGAUUCCCCUCAUGGCUUUGUAUAUUGUUAGAAGAAUUUAAUUAAUUUAUGAAGCAUUUUGGGAAUUAAAUGUUGAAGAUUUAUUAUAUGGAGAUUGCACCUCUUAUUUUUGUAUUAUAAUUAUGAUUAUUAGAGUUUUAUUGAUUAUUCUCCUCAAUUGUUUAAGUACUGAAUGAUGAAUGAAGAAUUUUUUAUCCAGGGACGCACAGUAUAUUUUGUGACAUACUCUCACUUUAAUUCUAAUUCUCGAUUUGAAAUGACUCCCUCAUCUGGCACAAGGUACAAAGACCUUGGCAAGCAUGUUUUUACAUUUUGGGACAACAAUAUUUACCCUUCUGUUCUUUCUCUAGAUGUAAAUUUAGAUGCUGAUAUAUCAGAUAUAUUAUAUAAACAUUGUUCUAAGUAUAAUUGGUGUGGUUUAACAGACUGGGUAGUCUUGUGCACAGGGUCAUGUUUAUUAGGCACCAAAUGGAAGAAAACAGACUGAAACAAGGAGGGACUACCUGGUGUUGUCCUGGAAGAAAUGCUCAUUUUAGUUUUCAGUUGCAAAAUGUUUUCUGUUGGUUGACCUAAUGAACGUGACAGUGAAAAGUUGCAUUGUUGCCUUUGAGGUUGACUUUGUAUAUAGUUGAGUACACUGUCGUUGUGAGAGAUAAAUAGAUAUAUUCUUAUCACAGACAAUCCGUUGUGGAUGAUUGUGGCUUAACGUAUUAUUUUUGGAAUGUGAAAUAUUGGGCACAGGUUUUAGCUGUGAUUCAAGCCUGGUUUUCCUCCUAGUAAGAUACACAGUGAACUGCUAUGCGUAAGACUAGCAUAGUUCUGACUUCUCCUUACAUUCACACAUUUGAAAUAUCUCUUCACAUGCACACUUUCAUGUUUUACUUAGCACUUUGUCAAGUUAUCGAAUGUAUAGAUGAAUAUACAGUAUGUCCCCACUCGUAGAGAAAUAUAAUAUAUAUAAGUAUGUCAAAUGAAUAUAUUAAAUAAAUGAUGAUAAUGAUAAUGAUAGUAAUAUAAUAUAGUUGACCAUACUUGAUUACCCUCUUGGCCUGUGUAUAGUAAAGUGUGUCCCAUGGUUCAUAUAUCAGGGUCCCCUCCAAACAGUUGUCUAUCUAUACAUUGGAUGGGUGGGUGGGGUGGGGGAGUAGGUGGAUGCGGCAUGCUUUGGACGGUUUCUGUUGGUGUGUCUAUCUCAAUCACAUGUCUAUGUACAAACUAUACUAUUGGGCUCUCUGUUUCUCUAUGGGGAGAGGUUGGUAGCUGGGGCUAUUGUUUGAACAUGAGUUCAAUCAAAGUUGCUUUGAUUAAGAAAUGCUACAAUGCUCCUGGGUGGCGCAGUGGUCUAAGGCACUGCAUCGCAAUGCUAGCUGUGCCACCAGAGACUGAGUUGCAGCGAUGAGACAAGACAGUAACUACUAACAACUGGAUACCACGAAAAUUGGGGACCAACAGGGGGUAAAAAAGAAGAAAUGAUUACGUUUUGGUAUGUUUGUCAUAGUCCUGGUGACACAUUUAUUUUUGCUGGUGUGCUGCUAUUUGCUAUGGGCUGGUCUGCAUCUGCUAUUUGCUAUGGGCUGGUGUGCAUCUCUAAGCUACGGACCUGUGAGAUUUGAAGGUGUGUAACGUGGCUUUCAGUUUGAAAGGACACACUCAGAGUGAUGUCCUGCCUAGGGUCAAGGUGUGUGAGGGCUGGUUGGUUUAACGGUGACCUUUUGACCUUUGAUCUUUGCCAAACAUUGACCAAACACCACAGGUUCUCUCCAGCUGAUUCUAUGCAACAUAGACUUCGUGUUGUGACUGUGUCUGAAUUAUCAAUCUAGAUUCUACAGUCUGAAUUAGCGAUGCAUUUUAGGGGACAAUGGGUUAUUCUGUUUGUGUAUUGUUCACAUGUAUAGUUUUUUUACUGCCUUCAAGUUUGGGAAUGAAUAAGAACAUAUAGCUCUUUGAUUUUUAUAAGUAUGCUUUCACAUACCGUUAAAUGCAACUUUAUUUAUGGCACAUAAGCUGUUGUUUUCAUAUGUUUUUUACAUCAUCAAAUGUUAGAUGUAAGGUACAUAGCUAAUUGGAAAGGUAUUUUGUUUUCAGCAAAAUGAUCCAGGGCUUGUAUUUCAACCCAGAAACUCAGUCUUCAGCCCAAUGUCCCAGCAGACUCACACACACACACACACACACACACACACACACACACACACACACACAGUAGUGACUCUUCACACAGUAGUGACUCUUCACAUAGACUAGAAUCUAAGGAGACACUUUCUUAACACCAGAGCCACGUUCCCAACAGAUUCUAGCUUUUCACUGAGUUUUUAUGCACCCCCACUUUUGAAUAGUUUUAUUUUUCCAGUAUAUAUGUAAUUUGAAAAAUGACCAAAAAUGUUUAACAAUGUAAUGACUUGAUGUUCUAUCUAAAACGGUUACCCACCUGAAAUGGAUAUUUUUUGAUACCAGCGUGCGUGAGUAGUUUCUUCAUACCACACCCAUGCAUGGCCAAGUCCUCCUGAAAGUGACCUCCCUUUCCUAUGUGUGUUAUCUAGCUAAGAUCUACACACACACACACACACACACACACACACACACACACACACACACACACACACACA